CCUCGCAGAAGAAACUUAAAGUGUGAAUGUGAUGAAGAUGGGGUGACAGUGAGGAGGAGCAGCCAUGGCAGCCCGGAGAGUCUUCCACCUCCAGCCAUGCGAGAGUCCCCCGGCAGCGAUGUCCAGAAAUGGAUACUUCUUUGAAGAGACUGGUUACCUUAAAUGUGACACUGAUGACGGCUGUGACCCCAAAGAAGAGGAAGGGGGUGGAGGAGAAGAGCUGUUCGAUACCGUACAUUCCUCCAUAGUGUCUGGAGAGAGCAUCCGAUUCUUCGUCAACGUCAACCUAGAAGGACCACAAAGUACCACAGCAGAAAACGAGAGCGCUGGCUGCGUAUUACUGCAUACAUCACGAAAGUACCUAAAAUUAAAGAACUUUGAGGAGGAGGUGAGAGCCCACCGGGACCUGGAUGGAUUCCUUGCUAAAGCCAGCAUCAUCUUGGAUGAGACGGCGACCUCUCUGGACGACGUCCUGCGGGAGAUGCUCAAGCACUUUGUGGAAGACCCGGAGAACGCCGAGCCCACCUGUAACUUUAAUAAAAUCAUGAGCACUUUAUUCACCGACGCCGAGGCCCCCAGGGAAGGCAACGUUCACCUCCUUUCGGAUACAAUUCAAGGGGUCACGGCCACAACGACCGGGGUUCAGUACCAGCAGUCAUGGCUCUGUAUAAUUUGCACUAUUAAGUCACUUCAACGACGGCAUGUCUGUAUCAGCCGGCUGGAGAGGCCGCAGAACUGGGGGGAAAAUUCCUGCGAAGUGCGGUUUGUCAUCCUCGUUCUGGCUCCUCCUAAAAUGAAAAGUACCAAAACCGCGACAGAAGUUGGCCGGACGUUUGCGACAAUGUUUUCGGACAUCGCAUUCAGGCAGAAGCUUUUAGAAACCAAAACCGAAGAGGAGUUCAAAGAGGCACUAGUCCACCAGAGACACCUCUUGACCGUAGUGAACAAGCAUUCGGCAUUAAACGAUGGCCACAAACUCAACAGCCACAAACCCUUAAAGGAUCUGUUACUGGUUCCAACCACCGGGCCUCCCAGGCAGGUCUGCCACAACUCCCUCUUCUGUCUGCUGCUGCAAGAGUUCUUCAAUGUGGGAAAGGGAAUAUUCGAUGACAUUACACGUAGGCUUCCAGUCUACCCUUUGGACUUUACUGACGGUAUUCUCGGCAAUAACAAGGCCAUCGGAAAGUACAUCACAACUAUGAUUUUCUUGUACUUUGCAUGCCUGCUGCCCACAAUCGCCUUUGGCUCUUUGAAUGAUGAAAACACUAAAGGGGUGAUUGAUGUGCAGAAGACAAUUGUUGGACAGUGUAUUGGGGGCGUUAUUUAUUCUCUUUUUUCCGGACAGCCUCUGGUUGUGUUAUUGACAACGGCUCCCCUGGCAUUAUAUAUUAAUGUUAUCCGAGGAAUCUGUGAUGACUACAACCUGGAGUUUAAGGCUUUCUAUGCUUGGACGGGUCUGUGGAACAGCUGCUUCCUCAUCUUAUACUCUCUCUUCAACUGUAGCCUACUGAUGAAGCUGUUCAAGAGGUCCACAGAGGAAAUCAUAGCACUUUUUAUAUCCAUAACAUUUGUGCUGGAUGCACUUAAAGGGAUUAUAAAAAUUUUCAAAAAGUAUUAUCUGGGAGCCCCUGAUUCCUAUCUCAGUGAUCACAAAGCAUCCUUUGAGACCUUGCCGAACAUGAGUCUGACAUCCGAUAUUUUCUACAACUCCACCAUCAAUAACUUCACCCAACACAAUCAGAGCCUGGAUCACGACGAUGCCCUGCAUGGAAAGGAGUCUGCCGUCCUCAGUCUCAUGCUGAUGUUUGGGACUCUCUGGCUGGGUCACACCCUCUACCAGUUCAAGAAGAGUCCCUACCUGCACUCCAGAGUGCGUGAGUUGCUGUCGGAUUGCGCACUGCCCAUAUCUGUGCUGACCUUCUCAGUGGUGGGGUCGUAUUUCUUCCAGGAUAUACGCAUUGCCAGGUUUAAUUACAUUGAAACGGAGAGUAUGUUUGUCUUGGCUCCCAUUGGAUCACUGUCGAUGGGUUCGAUCACCAGUGCUAUGGGUUUGGGGUUCCUCCUGUCCAUGCUGUUCUUUAUAGAGCAGAACAUUGUGGCUUCGCUUACCAAUGCCCCGGAGAACAGGUUGGUGAAGGGCACAGCGUAUCACUGGGAUCUCCUUCUUGUGGCACUAAUUAACACAGGGCUGUCUGUAUUCGGCAUGCCCUGGAUCCACGCUGCCUUCCCGCACUCCCCCAUGCAUGUCCGAGCACUAGCCUACGUGGAGGAGAGAGUGGAGCAUGGGCACAUCUAUGAGACGAUUGUGACCGUGAAGGAGACUCGGUUGACGUCGCUUGUGGCCAAUGUAUUGGUGGGCCUCUCCCUUUUCCUCCUGCCGCUCCCACUACAGUGGAUCCCCAAACCAGUCCUGUAUGGGCUCUUCCUGUACAUCGCCCUGACCUCCAUUGACGGCAGCCAGCUCUUCGAGCGGGUGGCGCUACUGUUGAAAGAGCAGACGGCGUACCCUCCGACCCAUUACAUCAGACGAGUCCCGCAGAGGAAGAUUCACUACUUCACCGGCCUCCAGGUCCUCCAGCUAGUCAUCUUAUGUGGCUUCGGCAUGUCGCCUCUCCCUUAUAUGAAGAUGAUUUUCCCUUUGAUCAUGAUUGGCAUGAUUCCAAUCAGAUACAACCUACUACCGAAGAUUAUCGAGUCAAAAUAUCUGGACGCCAUGGACGCUGAACAUUAGAGAGGCGACGCUCUUGUUCUCCGACCGAGGAAUUGUAGGGCUUUAUUAGUACGGUUUCAAUUUUGUGUUACUUUGGAAAACCAACCAAAGUGGAAUGCGGUGGACACAAAGCUGGGCGAGUCUUCGUUUCUGUAACUGGAAUACCCCAAAGACGCUCCUCCAUGCUUGCCACCAGCUUGUCACAGUGCUCUGGGUCUGAACGUUGAUGAUGAUGUUUUUUUAAAAUCCCUUCUAUCUCCGAUGAACCGAAUACCGAGUUCC